AUACGGCCAUAUUGCCGAUUGCAAGUUCCAUUGCUCCUGUCAAUUUAGACAUUUGUAAAAAAUAUGGAUUUUUAAUACAAAAUUUAUGUGCACCUUUAUAUAAAAUCUGUUACAAUAAUUACCUUUCUAACCAGUGCAGUUUCUUCUCAACAGUAUGCUUCAGACCAUGUAGUGUUGUUUCCAUACAAAAUCCUACGUAAAUGUUGUAGAUAGAGGAGAUGGAAACUCUAAUCGACUCGAUUAUUGACUUCGUUCGAGUCAGGCAGCUAAAUAUAGCGUUGGCUGGAGUACUAACACUGAUUUACUUGAUCUAUCAAUACUGGGGGCUUCUGUUUAAGGGGCAGGACGAGGAAGAUGACGACGCAUGCCAGCAUGCUCGACUGUCUAGGUCGCGGUCGAGGUCCUGUUCAAGAUCAAGACCGCGUUCAGGCAAUUAUCACGAUUAUAAAUCAGCUGAGAAACACAGUCGCCGAGGUAGGAAAAGCCAUCGAAGGUGUCCCGACUGCAGCCUUUGCAACUUCGGCCAGUAGUCACUAGAUGGCGUUGUACUUAAUUACGCUGGAAACUACACAUUGUGCGUAGAUGGCAAUUUCUCCUAAUCUAAAAAUACCUGUGACUGUCUAAGGCUUAUUUAUUUAUUUACGCUUCUUUUUAAAUAAAUAUUUACAUACAACUAA